AUGGAACAGCCAUUCUCGACGUCAAAAGUGACCGUCGAGUACUUCGAUCCUCACGAUGUUUACAAGCUCCUCGCCCCUGGCUUGAUUCCAAGACUACCUCUACGAAACCUAAACUGGCAAUCGCACGCUGGGCCUCUGCGAUCUAUCGAUAGACUUCAUGUCGAGCUCCUCAAGGGGGACGACCCUGAGGCUGAUCCAUCCCCUUAUGCCCUUCGACGAUCAGGGAGCACAGUGGAUGAUGGCUUUCAACAACAAAACUUUGGAGCUGGCGCCCAAGCACCAUCGGCCGAUCAGAUAGAUACCCAAGCUUUACCUUCAAGAGCAAUUGGCAGUCAGCGACGACAUCAGAUUCCUGGUCUACGACGGACACCCUAUCUCAAGGUCCUACUAGUAAGAUGCGACGACAAUGAAUCAUACAAAACCUCAGUUCGGACCGAGAUUCGAGAAUGGAUCAGAGAACAUAUCCCUUCGUCGACCAACCCAAAACGAAACAGCCAACAAGAAAAGCACGAUGCAUUCGAUUAUUUAAUCUUGCAUGUUGUUCUUCCCAACACAGUGGCCUCGACACAGCCUAGAACAAGUGGACGCUCCGAAAGCACUUCAGAUAAGAGCGGCCCACGAUGGCGCACUGGAUCGACACCUCUUUUUGAGAAGCUUCGCACUGACUUUUCUGGAAUUGGAAAAACAGCGCCGGAUCGAGUUGCUCAGAUCAGAAUCGGAAUCAACGAUCUCCCUUAUGAUCAACUUCCAAGAGUAGUUCCUGCGGUACCAACAGGAUAUCUGGAAGACGAGCGCGAUGCUGAGAACGCUUGGGGAGAGCUCAUUGCAAAGCUAAAGAGCCUUAUUCUUACUUCGUUCGACUUGCGCGUGACUCAGUACGAAGAAGAUAUCAAAGAAAAAGACGGCCAGCGAAGUUUACCUGGGUGGAACUUUUGUACCUUUUUCAUCCUCAAAGAGGGUUUGGCGAGAGGCUUUGAGAGUGUCGGCCUGGUAGAAGAUGCAUUGGUCGGAUACGACGAGCUCAGCGUUGGGCUUGACUCCGUUGUCAAUGAGCAGGCCGAUGAAGGGUCGCCUACUAGGCACGGGGGCACAAUGCUCACUUACACCGAAGAACUCAAGAAUAUUGUCAAUAAUGCUCUUGCCAAAUCACCAGGCGGAGAAACAGCAGACGAAGAGGCCGUGGAUCUUCAGUCGAACGAGACGAUCAGGGAACAUUUUGAUGAAAUACCUAUCAACGCGACCAAGAAGGCUUACAGAGACAAGAUUCUUGCCAACGACGUUUCGGUGUUUGAUUUUAGGUGCUAUAUUUUUGCGCGUCAGGUAGCACUGCUACUGCGACUUGGAAAUGCUUGGUCGUCGCGAGAUGAUUUACUAGCCAAGCUCAAAGAACAACAGGAGUCUGUCCUGCAUGGAGUUGCCCCUUUAGCACCCCCUCCAAAGCAAACUGACGAGGUGGAAAACCUGUCUAGUCUCGGUGAGAUAUGCCGAAGGACUUUGCAGUUCAUCCCAAUUGUGUCCCAAAUUAUGCGCCGAGAUAUUCUUACUGCUGUGGCAGCCGACAAGUCUGAUGAGGACGAUUCGCCUAUAGAUCCCAACCUGUCCGAGGUUAUGGACAAUGUGGUUGCCUCAUUUGCCUUUUCGGUUGCUCAGCAGAUUCUCGCCCAAACAGCAUCAAAGUCGUUGCCAAUUCCCCCAUCAACCCUCGCCCCUCCUCAGAGCGAGGAGCAAAAGGCUUCCAUCCCUGAGCCAAAGACCAUGAUGCAUCCUGCUAGAACCACAUCACUUCAUGUUCAAACAGGACUAGCACCUGGAACUCGUCCUCCUCUAAGCCCCGGCGUUUUCCCUGGCCCCGGUAUGCCACAGAUCAGUAACGAUCAGGAGGCCCUCUUUCUCAAGUCAGGUCUCGAAGACUUGGCUGCUAGGCGCGCCGAGCUUUAUAUGCUCUCCCGAAGCAUUCUCGGUAGCUUGGGUAAGAAGCGCGGAUGGAGCGAUGGCUGGAAGGAAGCGCCCAUCAUUGCAGAAGCUGAGGCAGACUUUGAAGAGAUCAGUUUGCAUGCACCGGCGUCAACAGAUGCAACUACUUCAGAGGACAUCCCGCCCUUGGACAUGGGUGUAAACAAUAGUCUCCUUCAGACUUCAAUCGACAGCGCAGACAACUUUUACCGCCUAUAUGAGAUUCUUACAGAUAAAGCACUUCGACACUACACUGUCGCGAACCACGACCAUGCCGUGCAGGCUAGUAUGGCAGAUCUGGCUGUGCUCAAGUUCUCCCUUGGGGACUUUGGCGCGGCUGCUUCUUAUUUCUAUCGAGCAACACCUUUCUUUGGUGAAAGCGGAUGGACCUCGCUCGAACUAUCCAUGCUUGUCAUGUACCUGCAUUGUCUCCGCGAGAUGAAGUCAAAGGAUGACUACGUCAGAGUCGCUCUCAAAUUAUUGACCAAGUCUUGCGCUGCCGAAAGUGAGAGGCUGGAGCAGCGUUCAAAGAGAGUAUCGACUAUCGGGAAGCCUGAGCCUGCAGACGCCAUGUCGAUGGAGGGUGUCGUCGGUAAUUUAUUUGAUCUAGCUUCUUCUUUAUCCUCGCAAGUCAAAGUCCAUCUCUCAAAGUUUUUCACAAAUGUCGAACUUGCUGGUGCUCCUGAGUAUUUCGAAGAAGAGGACAAAUGCUCGCUGACAAUAAACCUCUGGAGUCUUUUGCCAGACGAUAUCAAGCUUGAUGGAAUCGACGCAAAGAUAACGGCCGUCGAGACGGGGCCAACCAGAGAAUUGCGCUUCUCGAGAACAGGAGACAUUGUGCUGCAUCCUGGUCAAAACAGCAUCCAAGUCAACUGCACAUCUGUUGUUCCUGGAAAAUACAAGAUCGAUCAUCUUGGCUUAUCUUCGAGCAACCUUCUCCUCCACUUCGAUAGAGAUUUCAACACGGCACCAUCGCCAACAACUGACAUCUUCAGGCAUCCCGACGUUGUCAUCUUCCAGCGCGAGGGUGCUCUGGAUGUUCAGCUCAUAGCUACAAAACAUACUGCGCUAGACAAGAAUAACACUCUUGAUCUAGUUCUCCAUCCGGGUUGGAAUUCUAUAAAGAAGUGCGAGGUUCGGAUCAAGCCAACCACCGGCGGUCUCAGACUCUUGACUAUUGAAGCUAAAGUUGUUGACUCGUCUGUUGAGUUUGCAAAGAAGCCUGAGUCUGGUGGUGUCAUCCAUUUCAACGAGAUUGAGGCCGAAGCAGCCGUUACCUUGCGAUUCCCCUAUUCGGUUGAGCAAGACAUGGCCGAUGUUUCUGCCAAGGUCGAUGUUGCUUAUACAGUUGAGUCGGGCGAGAAUUACACUUUUGCCAAGUCAAUCGUGAUUCCCAUCUCCUUGGCUUUGGGCGUCAAUGUCCAAGAUGUUUUCAAGCAUCAGGCCCUGUACUCCCGAUUCAACGUCUCUACAGCGACUCACAGCCCUCUACGACUUUACAAAAGUGAGCUCAUAGAGGCAGAUUUGUUCGAGUCUGAUUUUGGUGUCCCACCUACCGACUCAACAAUUGUGUUCUCGAAGCAACCAGCUACACUCCUGUACCGUGUCAAGAGAAAGACUAGUGUCAGAUCAAGCAAACGAGUUGCAAGAACCAUGUAUCUGAAGCUUUACUACAAUGUCCUCCAAAAAGAGAUUGAGGAGGCUCUUGUGAGUUCGAUAUUCGGAGCCCUCAAUGACCCCAGUCUCGCUUCGUUCUCGAAGCUUGUUCGGGCAAUAGUCGUUAGGGAGGCAAAGGCAUUGCAACCCAUUGAUCUUGAACGAUCUGCACUAUUGGGAGCCGUAUCUACCGAAUUUCUUGCCGAAGUUCAAUGGGAUAAGCACUUUGCUGGCAUUGGAAAAGUUCCUGGCACUCAGGAGGAUGCAACAGACAGGAUCUCAUCUGCCAUCAAGGCUUGGCAAAUCUCAAACGCUCAAGUGCCCCUCUCAGCAAUUCAACCUGAUGAUCCAUGCACUCUUCUUAUUCCAGUCGAGAUUCCGUCACUACCUAUUCUUCACACGGCCGACAUACAACUUCAAACUCCAGUGACAGAAUUGCUCGACCAGAAGCCCGGUGCAAUUCCCACUGUGGCUAUCAACCAGAUGCUCCCGGCCACGCUUUCUCUAAAGUGGACACAGAUAUGGGAUACCGAGAUGCAGCACAAGAAGGAUGUUGAAUACAGCUACGAAGUUUCCGCCCCGCCCGAUACAUGGCUUCUCGGUGGUCGCCGCAAAGGUCACUUUGUCAUCCCUGGCUCAAAACGCGAGCCCCUCUCUUCAUCAUCCGACACGGAGGCUCAAGUUCCUAUCAUAUUGAUUCCUUUACGGGAGGGUUGGCUGCCUUAUCCUAUCGUUGAGAUCAGGGAAGUCAAGGAUGGGAUUGAGAAUCAAGCGCAGACAUGUGAGUUGGAUUUUAGAAAUCUAGGCGAGUCGAUACGGGCUGUGUGUGAGAGGAAGGGUGUGACUAUCAGCUUGGAUGCAAGCGGGCCAGGAGGAGGGCCUUUGGUGUUGGAGAGCGAGGAGCCUAAUCGUGAUAGGGGAAGGAUAGUUGCUUAG